CUUUAGUCGCAGCAGUUAUCACUCAAACAAACUACAACGAAGAAAAGUCAUAGUAAAUUAAGAAAUUGCCACCGGAACUGCGUGCACACCUUAAUUACCUCCAAUCGUGAUUUCUCCCUUCAAACAGUCUUUAUUCAGUGAAUUAUUUUCGCAUUGUUCAUGAGAUUUUGACGUCGAACAGCAGAAAGCAGUUGAGUGAAAGUUGAGGACAAUUGUCUUUUGCAGGACGAAUGGGAGUGAAUUUUCAAUUAAAAUUUGGAUGAUCAGAGAGGAGAGGAGGAUAAUUAGCAAAUGGAGAUGCAUCAUCAACGCACACCUCAGAAAUUCCCAGUAUUUGUGUUCCCACCGAACAUAACAUUUUAUUUAGAUGACCAGUCCACACACAAACAAGUACUGACGUUGUACAAUCCGUAUGAAUUUCCUGUUAAGUUCAAAGUACUGAGUACAGCGCCUAAUAAAUACAAAGUGGGUGAUCCAGAGGGGACGAUAAAACCAAAAAAUUGCAUAGAUAUAGUGGUUCGACAUACAGCGUUGUUAACAGCGAAUUGUAAUGUUGUUGAUAAAUUCAGAAUACAGAUGCAGGAACAUCCCACCAAGCAGGUGAUAGGAAAGAGAGACGUCGAAGCAAGAUUAUUGGCAGGUAUCAAUGACACUACAGGGCGAGGAACACCUGAUCCUGAAUCAUUUCAGCAAAUUCCUGGAACUGGAGAUAGACAACAGAGGUCUUACACUCUGUCUUCGCAAACUAGGGGAUUUGAUAGAGGAACUAAUUACGUAGCACUCAUUGCUGGAAUAAUUUGUAUAAUUGGAUUACUUUUACCAACGGAGGGUGACGGAAGUCACCUAUUGCCUGAGUAUUUCCACCUAUCAGUCAACUUCAAGCUCAUUUUCUCAUUCGUACUAGGUAUGGUAACAAUAAUUGUUUUGAGGUUGUGAUGUGAUAUUAAGUGAUAAGUGACAAUGAAUUUUCCUCUACGAUUGAAUGCAAUGGUGAACGCACAAUUCAAGUUAAUGAAUCUGUAAUACAGAAAGAAACAAUUAAUUACGCCGAGGAGAUCCCACAGGACUCACGUUCAAUUUUUCUUCAUAUUAUCGUAAUGGUGGUUGUUAAUGUACUUCAUACUAGUCCUUUCUCAAGUCCAAAUGGUUUAUACAAUUUAAGUAGACAUUUCGAGACGAUAUAAUUAAUGAAUUCUUGACUUUUAAUACAGAUAUUUUUUUAUUGAA